AAAGGACUUGCCGAUUGACUGCCAUCUGAGUCUGGCGACGACCUCGAGUUUGUGCUCUAUGCCACUGUUGCCGCAAAUUACAAAGGUAGAUUUUACCUCGAAAUGGGUGUGAAGUCGCUGUGGAACCUUUUGACGGCUGUUGGACGGCCAGUCAUGUUAGAGACCAUGGAAGGCAAAACGAUGGCAAUUGAUUCAAGUAUAUGGAUCUACCAGUUUCAAGCUACCAUGCGAGCCAAGGAUGGACGCGCCUUGACGAACGCCCAUGUUCUCGGUUUCCUUCGUCGAAUAUGCAAACUUCUCUUCUACGGCAUGAAGCCUGUUUUCGUCUUCGAUGGUGGCGCACCUGCGUUGAAGAAAGCGACCCUUACAGAGCGCAGGAAGAAGAAGAGUGGUGCAGCCGCAAGUCACGUCAAAUUGGCUGAAAAGCUCUUGGCUGCGCAGAUGCGAAGAGAAGCUCUUAAUCAUGUCAAAGGAGCACGAUCCUCCAAAGGAAACGCCCCUGUAGUGCUGGAUGAAAAUACCGUGUAUCUUGAAGACAUUGAUCCGUCUAUGGCCAAGUCCUCUCCGAGAAAAGACUCGGCGCCCUCUUCUGCUCAAGUUUCGCCAACGAAGAAGAAGAUAUAUGACCACGAUCCCUACAAGCUCCCGGAAGUGGAUCUGGAAGACCAAGUGGCCAAGGCUACGCGUUCGGUGGAACCAGAUCACCGCCUGGCUACCGAGGAAGAAUUGCGCGCUUUCAUCGAGGAAAUGCGGCCUGAAGAUUUCGAUGUUACUUCCCCCGCCUUUCGUGAGCUUCCAACGGAGGUGCAAUAUGAGAUUGUUGGCGACCUACGGCUCAAAUCUCGGCAAACUUCUUACUCACGACUACAACAAAUGUUAAGGAGUGCCCCUACGCCUUUGGACUUUUCCAAGCAGCAGAUCAAGAAUUUGCAGCAAAGAAACACUCUUACUCAGCAGCUUCUUAUGACCACAGACAGCAUAGGAAAGGCCCAUAUUUCUAUACCUGUCCGCAUUGCCAGUGAACGGAAUAAGGAAUACGUGCUCAUCAAGAACGAAGGGGAGGGACGCGGCUGGAUACUUGGCAUUCGGGAUGAUGGAACCAAACAAAAACCCAUCGUUCUUGAUCAUGGUGCGCAUGACGACAGCAACGAGGAUGAUGACGAGGAUGACAUGGAAGAGGUUUCUAUACCAGGAAACACCCAGCCCGACCCUGAUCUGAGAGCCUUCCAGCGGGAAAUGGCUUUGAGCGCCAUAGCCGGCCGCCAAACUUCAGUGAAAAACAAACCGCCGAUAAAGUCCCCGCAAGCCCCUCUAUUCCAGCAAGGCGACGAUUCUGACAUCGAUGGCACUUCAGAAGAUGAACAAAUGACGUUGGCAAUCCAGCGGUCCCUUGAUGAUAGGCAUUCAAGAUCCGCCUCACCGCCUCCUUUCUUGUUCGUGGCACAAGAUAUCUAUGCAUUUGAGGACGACAUGGAUGAUAACCGCUUCGCAUCCACAUCCAAGGUGGAAUAUCGACCGCAUUCAGUUCCGAUUAUUACGGCAGCUUUGGAAAGCACUCCAUCGGUUUCUGCGUCCCAUACCAGCCCUGCGCUCGCAACGCCCAUCCCUUCUAUAGAAGAGCCAUCAGCCUUUGGGACGCCUGUCCUUCUCAUGACCGGCGCGCAGCCUAGUCAAUCUGGACCUCAGAUUUCGUCUACAACGCCACCGUCUUUAACGCAUUCUCCCUUGUCUUCGUCUAGGCUCUCACAAAACGGAGACACGGAGACAGCAGGUGAUGGAAUACCGAAAGUCCGUUUCGAUAUUUUGGAGCAUGCUGACCCUCUCCUGGCCUCUCCGCAACGAUCGACAGAGAGUCCUGUUGUUACCGAGUCGAUGAAUGAAGACGACUCCGAUAUGGAAGAAAUUACUACUUUUGAGUACCUAACGCUGCCAGACUCCCCUCCAUCCCAAUCUCAAAUCAAGCCGCUUUUUGUUCCUGAUACGAUCGAUGAUCCCGUUUCUAUGCAUGCCAUUAGCGCAGACUUAGAAUAUGUCGAUGCAGAACCCAGCCCUUCAGUCCUUACAUCCCGCAAUACUAUCGCUUCGGAGACAUUCGAACCGCUUUCGGAUGGUUCUCGCCCAUCUUCUCCUGACACUGCGGAUAAAUCACGUCCAUCUUCGCCCAUCGAGAACUGGGAUGCCGCCCAGGAGAUGGACCCCGAUGCAGAAGAGGGUGAAUUUGCCCGAUUCGUCUCACAAGUCAAAGGCAGGGACAUCAACGAUGUCCGCCGUGAAAUUGAUGACGAAAUUAAGACCUUGGAUCAGCAACGUAAAGCCGCCAUGCGAGACUCAGAAGACGUCAAUCAGCAGAUGGUCAACCAAAUCAUGAUGAUGUUGCGUCUCUUCGGUAUUCCAUAUAUUACCGCCCCAAUGGAGGCGGAAGCUCAGUGUGCAGAGCUUGUCUCGUUGGGACUGGUGGAUGGUAUCAUUACUGAUGACUCCGACGUGUUUUUGUUCGGCGGUCAGCGUGUUUUUAAGAAUAUGUUCAAUCAGUCAAAGACGGUCGAAUGUUUCCUGACCAGUGAUCUCACCCGAGAACUUGGUCUUGAUCGGGGCACCCUUGUGAGGCUAGCUUAUCUUUUAGGAAGUGAUUAUGUGGAUGGUCUUCCUGGUGUUGGCCCUGUCAUCGCCAUGGAACUCUUGAAGGAAUUCCCAGGUGAUGGUGGGCUUCAUAAAUUCAAAGAGUGGUGGCUGAAAGUACAAACUGGCAAAGAUAGGGAGGAAGAUAAUGAAUCCACCUUUCGCAAGCGAUUUAAAAAGAAAUUCAAGGAUCUGUAUCUGCCUAGUGAAUGGCCCAACCCUGCUGUGAGGGACGCAUAUUAUCACCCUAUCGUUGACGAGUCUGACGAGCCUUUCAAAUGGGGCUUACCGGAUCUUGAUGCUCUCCGCGGAUUUCUCCACGAAGAGCUCGGAUGGCCGCAAAACAAAGUAGAUGAUUUAAUCAUUCCUAUUCUCAAGAAAAUGGGAAAGCGUGGUCAGGCCUCGGCAAUAAAUAGACAGGGCAACCUUAACGGAUUUUUUGAUGUCGCUGCGGGUAGCGGAACUUUCGCACCUCGGCGGAGGCAAGCCUAUGCUAGUAAACGUUUACAGCAGGUAGUCUCCGAUUUUCGGAGGAAGAGAAAGGCUCUCGUCGGUCCUUCUGGACGUGUUGAUGAAGGGUUGGAGUCGGGCAUGGGUGAAGAAGAUACGCCGGCCAAGAAGAAACCAAAAGGCAGUUCAAAGGGCAAGAAGGGACGUGAACCUGCUUCGCAUUGGCGCGGACGAGGCCGGGAUCGACCGAACAGUACUAGAAAGACAUCGGAACCUUCUUCUGGUGAAGAUGACGAAUUCCGCGAAGAAGCUGAUCUAACAGUCGAAAUCCCUCUCUCUGCACAACUUCGGCCCCGCCCUAAGCCAAAGCCCAUUUACAAAGGUGCACAAGAGUCAGUGUAGUUGAGAACUGAUGUUUACUGGAAUGGGUAACUUAAUCCUUGCGACUUGAA